AGAAGUUGUCGAAACAGUGUAGUUGGCAGCGAAUGCAUUUUUUUCGUCAUUAAUUAGAAAUAUAAUAUAAAGUAUAAUGUUGGUCGAACAUACAUUAAUUAUUAUUUGUUUACGCAUUAACAUACAUGUACAUUGAAUUUUUGUGCCUUAAAUGGACUUUUUCACAUAUAUUUUGUAUGUUCAAAUAAUUUCAUUAAAUGCGUUUACUAGAAAAUCUAUAAUUGAAUAGUGUUUUUUAAUUAUAAUAGAACGAAAACAGUUGCCUUCACCGAUAUUAGGACCCAUUACCUCUGCAAGCUAAAGCUGAUGCGUUACCACUGCGCUAUGCUGGCUAAGGUUGCGUGACUUAAACGAUAGAAAAGUACUGUACAUAUUUUCCUAAUAAUCGACGAAAAAAGCGUAACAUACACACACGCCUUAUUUUUACCAAUUUCGAAUGAUGAUUAUCCAUUUUACCAGCGUAGUAGGAAUCAGUGAUUUAGAAAUAAAUUAAAGUUAAAUCAUGUAAUACAAAUGACUACAAUAUAAACCUGCAUCGUUUCAGGCAGAUAUAAACACUUCCGUAGCAGCAACACUUUUAACCCCUUUGUGCGUUGUUGUGAUCUAAAGAUUUUGAACCGGGUUUAUUUGCUAUGUUUUACUGUGUAUUCUUUCCAGGGCGCAUAAACGUAUCACGCUAAUCAAUCAGAGUUUGAAGGCGAGUUUAAGUUAUUGUACUUAGUACAUUACAUUUACCUUUCACGAAACAUUCGGCUGUUCCUUGUGUAAAUAUGUUUAUGACGGUUUUAAAUAGCAGACGGAAGUUUAAAGUUCCCAAAAGAAUGUUAAUGUGAGCGAAAUGUCGUCUGUUUACUCAACCUCUGCGCUACACAUGACUCUUUACCUGUAUAAACCAUUUUUGAUCUUAUGUUAUGUGCCGUAUAUUAACGGCUUACGGUGUAACAAUAGCCCUUGAUCGCUCAGCUGUGUAAGUGGCGUAGCCAGUUUUGAAGCCAGUGGCUUGAUUUGAACAGUUUGGGUAAAUGACCACAAUAUGAUGUCAUAUUCAUAUUACCAACGUUCAUAUAAGUUGUGUGUGCUUGUUUUUAUGGUGUUAAUAUUUACGCCACAUAUUCAGGCGAAUAUGACCCUAAGGGCAGUUUUAAAAAAAAAAAUUAGAAAAGAAAUGUGUUUACAUACCAAGUAUUUUACCUCUUGGCCUUGUUGCUUCAUAGCGAAUAUUUUAAAAAUAAUAUAAUUAUAGAAGUAUAUAAAAGAUAAUAUUUUCUAAGGGGCGUGGCCAUUAUUUAAUAUAAGUGCAUGUUUUCGUACAGAAUCUGUAGAUUACAACUAUACGAUGUCACACACAAAGUACUAAACCUCUGACCGUUGCGAUUUCAGAUCAGGUAUUGCAAGUAAUUUUGUUGUAUAUUAUUUAACAGCUUAUAUGUACAUUCCAAGAAAAUUUUCACAUACCGUGACAGUUUUGAUCCACCAUUGGUAUGUGAAAAUUUUUCUUGGAAUGUACAUAUAAACUGUUAAAUUAUUUCCAAAAACAUUCCUGAUGAAUUUCUUUCGAGAACCGAUUAUAGACGAGAUUUCGUAAAAUUAAUUUGUUGUAUACCUCUAUACAAAUACUGUCAUCCUGAGCAGUACAAAGUGUACUUGACCUUGUGGUUUCAAUGACGAACACUGUUUAAAAGACUUAAAAAUGAAAACAGGUAACACCUAGGGCGGGGCUGGCUUUAAUAGCAGGGGAAUGAUUUAUUUUUGUAGAGAACCAUCAUACGAUGUUACAUGUAAAAUCCCAAGUCGCAGUGCCUUUCGGUUUGAGAAAAGAAGAUUUCAAAUUCGGAAAACAAAUAAACCACAGGCAGGGCGAAUGUUUAGGAGUUAUGUUUUGAACACACUUAGAAGAGGAUCACCAUACGAUGUUACACAAAUAUUAAUGAAAUCCAAGCCCUUACGGUUUUAGAGAAUAUUCUUUUUUAAAUAAGUAAUCAUACCAUGAAAAACUUCUUCAGAAUGGCGACCAAUGUAAAAGACCGAUCCAGUCCGAUUGAGUUAGCUAAAUUUUCUCAAUCGGCAUACCUCGCUGAUUAUCAUUGAUAAAGGUAAAGGCAGCUUGGUUCCCGUCGACUUUCAAAUUUACCAAGAAGUUCGGGACAGGAACCAGGCACGAAACUGUCAGGUGGCACUUCAAACGCUGUGACGCUGGGAAAACCCCAAAUAAUGUGCUUAUUGACAUUGGCAUGCACAUGCCAGUGUACAUGCCACUGGACGAGAUGGAUCAACCUUCUGUUGAGGAAGACAAUGCCGAUGUGUGGGUUCCAAGAGCUGACAGUGCGGAUGAUAGCUAUAUGAAACCCGAAAGUUCUACACGGCAAUGUACAAUUGUUACAAAGGAAACAGUGUUGGCUGGUACCGGAUGGGACACACUUUUAGAUGAAACUGCAGAUAGUGAAUACGACAUAAUUGGAGAUGUAUCAUAUGGUUCGUUGGAAGAAGUGAUGGCAUUAGAACGGUUUCACAUGAAACUUACAGUUUUCAGAAAAGUAAUUGUUGCGACCAUUGAUAUUUACAAAAUACUACCCCAUUUGUCAUUUGUGGAAUAUCCGUCUGAGUUCAGACAAAUUGCAAAGCGGAACCAUAGAGCUGCUAAAGAGUUGUUAAUGGAACAACUUCUAGAGAUAAAAUGUUUCAAUCAUGGAAAUGUGUUCAUAAUGGGGCUUCAAAGAUGUGGAUAUCAACACUUGGCUAUGAUUUUGGAUGUUAAAGAUGAGUUUGACAGCCGUUAUGCAAAAAAGUACAUUGCAAUCAUGGCUGAUACAAUAAAGCCACUGAUUGUACCAUCAAACGUGACAUUUUAUUUGAGGAGCACUGGAGUAAUAAGUGAGGAAGAGGUACAGCUGAUUAACAAUGCCGAAAUGAUGCAAGGAAUUGAAAAGGCUGUGGAUACACUGCUGGAUAAAAUGCAACAGAGACAUGUGUACUGGUAUAGUCAUUUUGUAGAAGCGCUGAGGCAUGCAGAUAUGUCAGAAGCCGUGGAACUCCUAGACAUUCCUGAGCUCCACACGGAAUGCGCUGGAUUUCACCAAUCUGGAGGUCAAAUUACUUUCAAUGCAUCGCUUAAUUAUUUGCCUGCUGCACCAGCACCACCGACAACACGAUACGGAAUUUAUCGAUCCCAUUUAGAACAGAACAAGACACAUGUUAACGACGAAGAGGAAACAAACACUGAUUUUGUUAUGGCGUCAGACACGCAUAUUCAGGGAGAAUAUUACGACGAUACUGCAUUACCGCCACGUGAAAUUAUCUCACAAAUAACCGAUGAAACGUUGACCAAGAUUGUAUACGUACCGAAAGGACACACACUACCACUUGGAUUCGAAGCUCAAGACACGGCAAAUUACACAAACGAAAGCGCUGACAGUGUUUUUGUUUAUGUUCAUGGGCGCGACACACCAAUAGCAGAAUUGGAUGAUAACUCAUCAAUUGGCUUUGUUAAAAUAGACGGGAUGAGAAACAAUUCACUAUUUGUGGCUGAGGCUCAAGUUUCACCCGGCAAGAGAUGUAAUAAACCGCAGUUGCCACUUCCAGCAGAGGUGUUAAUAGAGCCUCCUUCACUUCCUCCCAAGAUCCCGCUGAAAGGAAAGCAGCCGUACCCACUUCCGCGCGCAUCGUUCAGAAAAUAUUCUCCUGUUCCUCCAAAUAGCGACAGUUAUAGACAGGCAAACCAUACACUAACGGAAAAGAAACAAGGCCAAAUAGAUGACGUUCAUUACGAAGACGAGGAAAUCCCUGAUAAAGGAACAACGUCUGACAACACUGUCGAGAAUAUCCAUAAGGUUAACAUUCCUGAUGUUUCAAAUGAGGCGGUUGAAAUGGCGACGACAAAGCAGAUUCAGAAACAACAUACAAGCCUGGAUGCGUUAGACAUAACGUCCAUUCAUACAAUGGACAAAAAGAUGCUUGUAAAACGUAUUGAACUGUUAAAAUACGAGCAAACUGAUGAUAUUGGGAAAACGGAAUUGCUAAAUACAAUGGCAGUGGAGAUUACCAAUUUAAGCUCUUGCAAGGUUGAGAAAAUAGAAGCCUUGAAAAAUGUCCAAAGAGCAGAUCAAAUAUUGAAAAUACAACAAGCCAAACUCGCAAGAAUAAUUACACAUAAUGACAAUUCUGCUAUCAAUGAUGCGUAUUCAUGCGAAGGCGUGUAUUCUGCCAGACAGCUUGAAACAGAGAGACACGAAGCUGCAAACAUCAUGAGCACUCUUCUCAUAGCUGUCAUCCUGCGAAACAUCCAAACCAACGUAAUACCGACGCAGUCUCUUAGACCAUUACAGAGAAACAGUUUUAUGAACAGAUCAUUUCGUCGACUUCCAAAGACAAGACGAUCAUCCUUCAAAGACUCUGCCUUUUACAGCUGCUCAAAUAUUUACACUAUUUACGAGGCGCCUGGCCUGGAUUAAACAUCGCUUCCUUAACUUGUAGUAUAUGGUCGCCUUUCAUUCGCGAAUAAAUACUUGAUGGUAAAACAAAGUUGUACCUCCACUUUGUUGAAUUUAGUAAACAUGCGCAUUAUAUUGAUAUAUGUUUGUUCAUUUGCAUGAAAGCAUGUGAUUGUUUAAAUUCUUUUUAUUGAAACAUUUUAUUUUGUAUAAUUUUAAAAUUAAGCUAGAUAUUUUGGAUUAUUUUUGAACAACAUGAAACGUAAAUGUCGAAGAACUUAAAUCAUAUCUCCUAGUUAUUGAAGAAGUAGUUAAGUUGGCUCUUCAGCGUAAUAAACAUGAUUUCAGGGUCUUAAGGGCCCUUAAAGUAAUGGUUUUAUUUCAAUCACGUAAACUUCGAGAUUUGCAUACGGAUUUUUUUUAUUUUUGAUAAUAGUACUUCUAAUCAGUACCAAUUAAAAGCAAGGUGCGUGUCGGAAUUUGAACGGAUUAAAUGUUUUAAAAUAGCUUACCCACGUGGAUUAAAUGAUAUAAAUUUUUGUUCAUUUGCAUGAAAGCAUGUGAUUGUUAAAGUGCUUUUCAUUAAGGUAUAUUAUUUUGUUUAAUUUGAAAAUUAAGCUAGAUAUUUUGGAUUAUUUUGGAACAACAUGAAACGUAAAUGUCGAAGAUCAUAUCUCCUAGUUAUGGGAGUAGUAGAUAAGCUGGCUCAUUAACUUUUUAUUAGCGUUAUAUAAAUAAUUUCACGUAAUACAAAUCUAGUAAUCCUGUUAGAAGUAUCGUGUUAAAUUAUAAUGCUAUCUCCACAGAUAUUAAUGUAAUAGAUAAUAUAUCAUUCUUCUUUUCUAGUUCAAAAUAUGUAUAUAAACCAGUUGGUCAUGUUAUUACUGGCGAUCUUAAUUUCAUUCAAAAUAAAAAACCUAAGAAUUUAACUGCGCAGAAGCUCUAAGUAUAGACUUCCUAUUCCUAUCGAUUUUGAUAACUGCAUUAAGAAAAUAGAAAUAUCUUUACACGAAUAUUGUACAAAAUGGUGCAGGAAGGAAAAUGCAGAAAUUACUGCACGCAAUUAAUGAAAAACAAAAGUAAUUUGUAUAGCCAUGCAUAAGAUAUAUUUUUAUAAUACAAAUCCUGUGGCCUGAUCACAUACAUUUAAUAAACAAAGUCUAUGACAAUUGCUUAACGACUUACAAUCUAUAUUCGUCAUGGUUCCUGCAGAUAAGGCUGUAAGUAAUGGUAUGAUGAUAUGACGAGUGUUUUAUGUUCAAACGAUUUCACAAUAACUUUCACAAACUUCAUCAUUGGGAUUACAAUAAGCAACGUAAUGAAAUUAUUACAGACCAUAUUGCCGAGUGCAAAAAUCUAAAUGUAAAAAAUAAAUAUUACUGCCCAGAAACUGCCAUCACUUCAAUGGAUACCGAAAUUACAUAAAACGUUAUAUAAAAGUCGUUUUAUCGCUAAUUCAGUGUCUUGUACCACCAAAGUUAUUAUUAGUGUAUCUAACAUCCGCAUUGAGUGCUAUUAGAUAUCAUAAAUCUAAAUAUUGUAAUAAAGUUUAUUAUAAAGCAAAUAAUAAUAUAAACCUAUCUUGAUUAAUACAUAACUCCUUAGAAGUUAUUGCUAAAAUUGAUACGAAAAAAUAUAAGUUGUCACAAAUAAGCACAUAUGAUUUUUCUACACCCUAUCCCUAACCCUAUACAACGCUUUCUCGCACGUUAAUAAAAUCCAAACGUGUUUCUUUGAUUGAAAAACAUUUGCAAGAGCGAAUUGUUCUUAUCUUGAUUUAAACACUAAAACAGCUUCUUUUUUUUAAAUAAUACUUACUUUUCUUUUUUGGAUAACUUGUUUGUUGAAUUUAAUUGUUUAAUAUUUAAUCAAAUUAUCGGGGUUCCUAUAGGUACUAAUUGUGCGCCACUUAUUGCUGAUUUGUUGUAUUGUUAUGAAAGCGAUUUUAUGUUAGAAUUAUCGAAAACUAAACAACUAGAUUUUAUUCACCGUUUUAACCUAACUAGUAGGUAAAUUAAUGACAUAAUAAAUUUAGAUAACUAAUUCUUUGAACAAUAUAUCCACACAAUCUUCCCGAACGAACUAGUCUAAAAAUAGAUCGUGUCCAAAAAAAUGAUGCUGCGUAUUUAGACUUACAUCUUACUAUUAAUAAUAAUACGAUUAAGACAAGAGUAUACGAUAUGAAUUUGAAGUCUUGUUGUUGGCUAUGAUCAAUUGGCGACACCGACAAGCUCAUGCGAAUGAAUGUUCAUAAUGAUUGUUGAAAGUCCAGAACAAUGUAUUCUAAAUGAUAAAUGUUUACAUGUGAUUCUCUUAAUUAGGAAGCCAGAUCAAUACCCCAGCUGAAGUUCAAAUUUCCUCUCAUUUCUCUAUCCCACCGAACCUGUUACUAGAAACUGUUGGUAGUAUAGAUCUCCAGAAUGUUUGGAAUAUCAAUUGAACUCGUGUUCAAGAGACGAUUUUUAUUUAUUUAUAUAUUUAUUUAUAUUCAAAUUUAAUUGUUUGCUUUUUCCUAUCCUUCACUUGCAACUUUCUUUCAUCGCUCCAUAUCCAUGGAAUUGACGAUUUCAUUGUGUCGAAUUACAAUUAUGUUUAUAAUUGUCGAAUAUGAAUAUUGGCACAUAGAAAUGUAUCUGAUUAUCAUUUACUUUUUGUAAACUAUUACCAUGAUAUUCUGUCAGCCUUAUCCAUAAGCCAAUAUUUUAAUUCUUUACGAAGAGUGAUAAUAAUUCUCAUUGGCAACCUAAAAUUACGCAAUUUGGAAAGGGCAUCAGUUUAAGUGACAUACAUAAAGUUUAUUUCAAAAAAUAUUUUAUUUUUAGAAUUAAAAAUAUUUGUGUUUUGUUCGAAAUCGGUUGGUACGAAUGGAAUAUACAUUCUUCUGUACUAUGCGUAUGACUGUAGUUAACUGACUAGUUUACUCCGUAUAUCGCUUGUAUUGAAAAUUAUCAUAUGAGUAAUAAUAAAAUGCCAUAUUCUUGAAUUA